GGGAGGAAGCUGCUCUAAGUCCCGGCCUUGGAGCAGAGCCUUGUCACGCUGGGCGCUGCGAUCGGCACUGAGCGCAAGGGCGAGGUACCCGCCCGGCGCGCAGUUUCCAGUGGGGCCGGUGUUCCCACCUGGGGACUCUCGUGGAGCCGAGCCCUGCAAAUGGGCGCGUGAGGAAGGAGAGUGGGGAAAUGGAUUGCUAUUUGCGUCGCCUCAAACAGGAGCUGGGGAGGAUUCGACCCAGAAGCCUGAGAGGGUCAGCUGCCAGUCAGCCCUGCACAGCCCAAGCCUGGCCUAGCAGUCCCUCUGCCUUCCACCCACCGGACUGAGCUCUGUGCAUUAAGACAGGGCUGGGAGCUGUCCAUGAAGGAAGUGGGUGAUGGCUUACAGGAUCAGAUGAACUGCAUGAUGGGUGCACUGCAAGAACUGAAGCUCCUACAGGUGCAGACAGCACUGGAACAACUGGAGAUCUCUGGAGGGGGUCCUGCUGCAGGCUGCCCUGAAAGUCCCCGGACACAGUCCGAGCACCCUCAAUGGGAGGGUGGAGGAGGUCUGACCAGGUCUGCAACCUGCUCCCCCUCUGGCCAGCCUUCUCUUGGCAGCAACACCAAGUCUGCAUCUCACAGAAGCGUCUGGGGGAGGGAUUUAGCCCCACUGCCCAGGACACAGCUGUCGGAGCGCCAAAGCUGUGCCCAGCAGGGGCCCGAGGUAGAGCCUGAUGACUGGACCUCCACACUCAUGUCCCGCGGCCGGAAUCGACAGCCUCUGGUGUUAGGAGACAACAUUUUUGCAGAUCUAGUGGGCAACUGGCUGGACUUGCCAGAACUGGAGAAGGGUGGGGAGAAGGGUGAGACUGGCUGUGCAGAGGAGCCCAGAGGAGAGAAGGGCCAGCCCCGGGAGCUGGGCCGCAAGUUUGCCCUAACCGCAAACAUUUUCCGGAAGUUCCUGCGGAGCGUGCGCCCUGAUCGGGACCGGCUGCUGAAGGAGAAACCGGGCUGGGUGACACCCACGGCCUCUGAGUGCCGAGCUGGACGUUCUCAGAAGGUCAAGAAGCGGAGCCAUCCCAAGGGCUCCGGACACUUCCCCUUCCCAGGCAGCGCAGAGCCCAGAGGGGAAAAUCCCUCUUCGAGUUGCCCCAAGGCCCUGGAACCUUCACCCUCAGGCUUUGACAUCAACACUGCUGUUUGGGUCUGAAUUCCAGAGACAGAAACUUGAUGAACCGAGAGGGCCAGGUCCCAGUGCUGGGCUCCUGAGAAGGAGGGAGCCGGUGAUGUGGCGUCUCAAAGCCCAACCCCAAGUUCUUCCCCCCAGAAAGGAAGGAGAAGCCAGCAGGGCUGAGCAGAAUGUAGUUGGGUGGGGCUGUCCCAGGGGCUGGCUGGUGAAUAGGUAAGAAUUCAU